AUGCUUAAAUUUCAAACUCAGCGUUCAUCAUUCGCGUUGACCUCCCCGAAAUUUAUCAAGAACGUCCUUUUGAAAAGAAAUAUUUCUCAUCAUUGGAAUUCAAUUAAUAUUAACACUCAACUUCAUAAUCAGGAUUUCGGAAUUAUUUGUAAUCAUGUAGAACGAGAGUUUCAUCAUCUCUCAGCGAUCCAACAUUCAUCAUCCUCAAGUAAUAGUGAAGUAGUAACCCGAUUUGCACCAAGUCCAACUGGUUUCAUGCAUUUGGGAGCUCUCCGAACAAGUCUUUUCAAUUACUUGUUUGCUAGAAAGCACGGAGGAAAAUUUCUUCUUCGUAUUGAAGACACAGACCAGAAACGAUUGGUUCCUGGAUCUAUUGAACAAAUUCAAAAUACUUUGAAAUGGGCCCAUCUCUCCUAUGAUCCUCUUGCCAUUUCUGACACAACUACUAAUACCACAAAAACUAUUGACUUUGCUAUUCAAUCUCAAAGAAAUGAAAUUUAUCAAGAACAUGUUCAAAUACUCCUCGACAAAGGCUAUGCCUACAAGUGCUAUUGUACUGAGGAACGACUUGAAGAAGUGAGAAGUAUUCGAGGUCCAAGUAAAUACGAUCGUCAUUGUCUUAAUUUAUCAGAAGAGGAACAAGAAGAAUUCUCUAAACAAGGAAAUGGUAAAUUUACCAUUCGCAUGAAAGUACCCGAUCAUAUUCAAUAUACGGUAUUUGAGGAUGAAGUUUAUGGAAAAAUUAAGAUUGAAAAUAAGACAGUAGAUGAUCAAGUUUUGAUGAAAUCGGAUGGUACUCCAACCUAUCACUUGGCCAAUGUUGUGGAUGAUCAUGUGAUGGGAGUCACGCAUGUCAUACGAGGACAAGAAUGGAUUUCGAGCACACCCAAGCAUUGUAUCUUGUACGACAUGUUUGGAUGGGAGCGACCAAAGUUUGCUCAUUUACCUUUGCUGUGUAAUGAGGAUGGAAGUAAGCUCAGUAAGAGACAAGGACAUGCUAGCGUUGAUUACUACAUGAAUUUGGGAUAUUUACCAGAGGCUUUGAUCAACUUUGUUGCGCUAUUGGGUUGGCAUCCUGGCACAAAUGAUGAAAUAUUUACAUUGGAGGAAUUAAUUGAGAAAUUUGAACUUUCUCGAAUUAAUAAGGGAAAUUGCAAAGUUGAUUUAGCAAAAUUGGAGUGGAUUAAUUCACAACACAUAAGAAUGAAUAUCGAAAAAGAUAUGGAUGGAUUUAUUGAACUUUUACGUCCACAUCUCAGUCUUUCUGGAAUACCUGUUGACGAAUAUUUGAGAAAAGUUUUAUACAUUGGACGAGAACGUAUCAAGAGGGUUCCUGAUUUUGUAGAUUUUUUCAAUUACUUUUUCUAUGAUGUCAAGUUAGAUACACCUGAAGCACAGGAAUUAUUGGAGACCAUCCAAAAGAAAGUUACAGAUCAUGCCUCCGUUGCCAGAAAAAUUCGAGAUGAAUUAGUGAAAAUUGAUAAGGCCAAUUGGAAAGAAGAUGUUAUUGCCAAAGUAAUCUCAGAUUUUAUUCAACACAACAAGGAACAAGUCAAAGCCUAUGGUAAUGUUGUGUUUAUUUUGCGAUAUUACCUUACUGGAAAGAAGAUAGGACCCAAUAUUACACAAAUCAUUGAAACACUCGAUCGACAAGUUGUUCUCUCACGUUUGGACGUGUAA